GUCAGUAUUUUUUUAGGGGGUCAAAAAGAAAUAGAAAGGGUGAAAAAUGUUCUGAUCCAAUCGAACGCCGUCCUCGAGGCAUUCGGAAAUGCGAAAACCAAUAGGAACGACAAUUCGUCCAGGUUCGGCAAAUACAUGGACAUCCACUUCGAUUUCAAAGGUGAUCCCAUCGGCGGCCACAUCAACAAAUAUCUGUUGGAAAAAUCGAGAGUUAUACAUCAACAAGCAGGGGAAAGAAACUUCCAUUGCUUCUACCAGCUCCUCUGUGGAGCCAAGGAGGACUCGCUGAAAAGACUGAAACUCUCGCGCGAUUCUCACCAGUAUUUCUACGUCAAGCAAGGCAACUCUGCUAAAGUGAACACCAUCAACGAUGCGACCGAUUAUCGUGAAGUCACGUCAUCCUUGAACACCCUCCAAUUCGCCAAAGAAGACCAAGAUAGUCUCUGGAGGGUCGUAGCUGCCAUUCUGCAUCUUGGCAACGUCGAAUUCGAGGCCGACGAAGACAACCUCGCCCUGAAGCGGUCCGAGCACGUCGACCACGUGGCCGACCUGCUGCACGUGCCGAAGGCCGACCUGGAGAGCGCCCUCUGCGAGCGCGUGAUCGCCACCAGGGGCGAUAUCGUGCGCAAAGGUCACACCGAAACGGAGGCGGCCUUCGGCAGGGACGCCUUCGCCAAGGCCGUCUACGACAGGCUGUUCACGUGGAUCGUCGACAAGAUCAACAGGGCGAUAGCGGUGGACCAGGGCGAAUCAGGGUUUGGGUACAAGAGCUCGUUGAUCGGGGUGCUGGACAUCUACGGAUUUGAGAUUUUCGAUAAUAACAGCUUCGAGCAGUUCUGUAUCAAUUAUUGCAACGAGAAGCUGCAGCAGCUGUUUAUUGAAUUGGUUCUGAAGCAAGAGCAGGAGGAGUACAACCGAGAGGGCAUCGAAUGGACCAACAUUGAGUACUUCAACAACCAGAUAAUCUGUGACCUGGUGGAGGCGCCGCACAAGGGCAUCAUUUCCGUGAUGGACGACGCGUGCAAAAUGACGGCCGAGAAAGUCACCGACGAGAUGCUGCUAGAAGCUAUGGACAGGCAGCUGAAAGGCCACAAGCACUACAUGUCGCGGCAGGUGAAACCAGCCGAGAAGAACAUCAGGCACAAGAUCGACUUCAGAGUGACGCACUACGCCGGCGAUGUCACUUACUGCAUCAUCGGUUUCCUCGACAAGAACAAGGAUACGCUCUUCCAGGACUUCAAGAGGCUGUUGUUCAACUCAAAGGACGCCAGGCUGAAGGAAAUGUGGCCGGAGGGGGCACAACAUAUAUCUGAGAUAACGAAACGACCUCCGACAGCCGGUACGCUCUUCAAAAACUCCAUGCAAGCUCUCGUACAAAACCUUCAAAACAAGGAACCCCACUAUGUGCGCUGCAUUAAACCGAACGAGAUGAAAUCGCCUUCAGCUUUCGACGAACAAAGGGUGCAACACCAAGUCAGCUAUUUGGGCCUUGUCGAGAACGUGAGGGUCAGAAGGGCAGGGUUUGCUUACAGGCAAAGAUACGAUAGGUUCUUGAAAAGGUAUAAAAUGAUCUCGCAGUUCACGUGGCCGAACUUCAGAUCCGGAUCCGACAAAGACGCUUGCAAGGUUAUAAUGGACGAGAACAAUUUCUCGAACGACGUCAAAUACGGCAAAACUAAGCUGUUUAUUCGAACGCCUCAGACCCUGAACGCCCUAGAGCACGCCAGAAAUUUGCUGAUACCCGGUAUCGCCACGCUAAUUCAGAAAACAUGGAGAGGUUAUGUGGCUCGAGAACAAUACAAGCGGAUGAAAGCCCUGCUGACGAUGGUGAAGGUGUACCGACAGAAGAAGAUGAGGGAGUACGUCACCGCUUUGGAAUCGAAAUUCAGGCGGGCCAAAUCGAUGAAGGACUACGGCAAGAGCAUCGUGUGGCCAGCGCCCCCCUUGGCUCUGCGGGAUACGACCAGAAGCUUGAGGCAGAUCUUCAACAGGUGGCGCGCGCAAAUGAUACUGAGCAGAAUACCUCGCAACGAAUGGCCCCAAAUGAAGCUGAAAAUCACCGCUGCCAGCGCCCUAGUCAACAAACGCGCUCGCUACGGCGUCAACCGCAAAUGGGAGGGCAACUACCUCUCCACCCACGCGGAGAACAACAACUACACCGCCUUCAACGAAGCGGUGAACAACCUGCGCAACACGAAGCGCUUCGGCGCUGUCCUCUUCUCUUCCUACGUCACCAAGUUCAACAAGUUCAACAAGGUGGCCGAACGCGUCAUGCUCGUCACCGACCAAUCGGUGUUCAAGCUGGACUGCGAGAAGUUCAGGAACAUGAAAGAGGGCGUGGCCGUCGCGGAUUUGACGGGGAUCAGCGUGAGUCCGGGCGAGGAUCAGCUGAUCGUGCUGCACUGCCCCGGCGGCAACGAUCUGGUGGUGUCGCUGAGGUCGCAGCGGCUGGAGGAUAGGGUGGGAGAGUGCGUGGGGGUGCUGUGCAAUAGAUAUUUCCAGAUAAAGAAUGCUGAGCUUCCAGUAAAAGUAUCCAAAUCGAUUUCUUGUAUGUUGGGUGGCAAACAGAGAAUAAUAAAUAUACAGGUGUCCGCUGCAGAGCAAGCGGCUACCUUUAGGAAAGACGGAAACAACAUUACAUAUCUGCUGCCGUCCAAUUCAUCCAUUCUCGAGAAUGGAAACAAUCACAUCAAGCAGUGA